AUGUCUGAGAAGUACACCAUGAAGCAAACCGGCAGCGGAGGGAUGGCCGGGAGCGUCCAGACACCAGCCAACUCGCACCUGGGUCAUGACAAGCCCAAGGCCUUUGACGCCGACGGAGCCAUCGGCAAACAAUUCACAGAGGACGGAGCGAUCGGAGGAACAGCACAGAAAAUUGGUGGGCCUCUUGACAAGGACGGCGCCAUUGGCAAGCAGUUCACCACAGACGGCAGCAUUGGCGGUACGGUGCAGGACAAAUUGGGCGGCGCGGCCAACAGGAGUAAUUAA